CGGGCAGCCCAGGCAUGGAGCUACCGGGCCCCGUCCGUCAACGCCUGGGCAACUUCAGCCUCACGGUGUUCGGCGACUCCAGCCGCACCGGGCCCGAGUCCAGCGAGGCCGCGGAGAUGAUUAAAGGAAUGCUCAGAAAGAUGUGAUAAUGCAUCCCAACUCUGGCACCUGAUGCCCUUGGCUUCUGUCUUCAUUGGGGCUUCUGUUGUUGUAAAGAGACACCAUAACCACAGCAACUCUUAAAAGGAAAACGUUUAAUUGGGGCUCAGUUCAGAGGCUUAGUCCAUUAUCAUCAUGUCAGAAAGCAUGGCGGCACACAGGUGCUGUAGAGGCAGCUGAUGGUUCCACAUCUGGAUCUGCGGGCAGCAGGAAGAGAGUGACACUGGGCCCAGCCUGAGCAUUUGGAACCACAAAGCCCAACCUCAGUGCCGCACUUCCUCCAACAAGGCCAUGGCCUAUGGAGGCCACUUUCAUUGUAAUCACCACAGCUUCUAAAGCCCAUGGUCUCUUCAGUACAUCAUACUGCAUCUUAGAUAAUGAGAUGGUCUCCAGCUUGCCGUUGCAGAUGUCACUGUAUUUCAACUCGUACUUUUUCCCCCUGUGGUGGGUGAGCUGCAUUGUGAUGCUUCACCUGAAGUAUUCGGUCUUGCCCGAUUACUACAAAUUCAUUGUGAUCACUGUCAUCGUCCUCAUAACCUUGAUGGAAGCGAUCCGGCUGUACCUGGGCUGCAUGGGGAACCUGCAGGAGAAGGUUCCUGAGCUGGCUGGCUUCUGGCUUUUGAGUCUUCUACUGCAGUUGCCGUUAAUCCUUUUCUUGCUCCUUAAUGAAGGCCUGAGGAAUCUGCCCUUGGAAAAAGCAAUACAUAUCAUCUUCACUGUCUUCCUUACUUUCCAAGUCAUCUCAGCGUUUCUGACCCUGAAGAAAAUGGUCAAUCAGCUGGCGGCCCGUUUCCACCUCCAGGACUUUGAUCGGCUGUCUGCAAACAGUGCAGUGGUGAGAAGGAGGAGGCCGUGUACAGAAGAGCUCUGACCCAGUGCUGAGGAGUGGACGUCUGCAAGAUAAGGCAGGAAGACGGAGAGAGUGACAGAACACCUGAGACCAGGUGGGAAAGGGCACAGGUGUCCUGGGUUGUACCCUCCAGACCAGGUGGGAAAGGGCACAGGUGUCCUGGGUCGUAUCCUCCAGACCAGGUGGGAAAGGGCACAGGUGUCCUGGGUUGUUGUAUCCUCCAGACCAGGCUGAGAAAGGGCACAGGUGUCCUGGGUUGUAUCCUCCAGCUCUAAAAUUCCGUGGAGGCAAUACAAAGACGCACUGUGGUACAUGAAAGCAGUAUAUUAACCUUGGAGCUGAGGGGAGUCCAGCAGACACUAAAUUUCUAAUUUCUGAUGUUGACUUUUCAGGGGUUUAUUUGUAAGUCUAUUGGUAGUUGUAAUCUACCUCCCUUUCUGUAAUGUUUCUAGCUAUAAUCUGUAGCUAGAAAUGAAUGAAAUUUCAGGAAAAAUCAGUUUUUGGUCAAUGGACUCUCACUGCAUAUAUUAACACACUCCAGGACAUGGCCACACCCAGGAGUAGUUGGCCAACACAAAACAAACUCAGUUGUAUUUCUGUGGACUUUUUGUUUCAUUUUGCUUUUGUUUGGGCAUUUUUUUCUUAUUGUUAGGGGGCAGGAAGUUGGAGAGGAAUUGGGAAAGAGGGAAAAAAACAUGCAAAAUGUAUGGUACCAAGAAAAAUUUAAUAAAAAAGGAAAUGUGUAACAUCCCCUUUAAACGUUCAGUUAUCUAAUUGGCUCUUCUGGGUUUCUUGGAGCAUAUGGACAUGCUUGCUCGCCAGCAUGCUCAUGCAAUGGAUGGUGGUUUUAACGGAGACAAACUUCUGGGUGUGCCAGAGGUCAGUUCCAAAUCUCUUCUCAGUUGCUGUCCUGAGGGGAGGGAGGUGGGUGCGCUGUGGUGUGUACAGAGUUUAUCCUGCAGUGAAGGAGGUGACAUAUUAUGGUAUGUAAGGAAUAUUUUGUCAUAAAACCAUGUUCAGUAUUUGUGAUGGAGGCACAGACUGGUUUUUUUUUUUUUUACCAUAAAUCAUAAGCUAUUUAUAUUAAAAUAUCAGUAAUGCA